AUGCGCAAUUGUGCCAAGAAGAGCCAUUUUCAAUGGACGCCAGAAGCGGAGAAAUCCUUCAAACAAAUGAAGGAAUGUCUGAUCCAGUUACCAACUUUAACAGCGCCACGAGAGGAAGAACCACUAAUCUUAUAUCUGUUAGCAGCAGAAGUAGCGGUUGGCACGGUGUUAAUGGUAGAAAGAGAUGGCGUCCAAACUCCGAUAUACUACAUUAGCAAGAUGUUAACUGGCCCAGAGACACGCUACUCUAUGAUAGAAAAGCUCGUCCUCGCACUGGUACAUGCAUCACGAAGGCUACGCUGGUAUUUCUCUGGCCAUGUUAUUACAGUACUCACUAAUUAUCACCUAGGUCAAAUCCUGUCUAAACUCGACGUCGCGGGGCGAUUGGCCAAAUGGGCCAUCGAGCUAGGAGGAUACAAUAUCCUAUACAAACCUCGACCGGCAAUCAAAGGGCAAGUAUUAGCGGACUUCGCCACCAAAGUUCCCGUAGACAAAAUACAAGAAUGUGAGGCAAUCCAAAACCCUAUUCCAGUCUUCGAGGAUAGGGUUUUGACGUUGCACACAGACGGAGCUUCCAAUGACGACGGUGCAGGCGCAAGUCUUCGAUUGGUUAGCCCAGAUGAUCACGAGCUCACAUACGCAAUACGCCUAGAUUUCAAGAGUACAAACAACGAGGCAGAAUACGAAGCAUUUCUUGCGGGCCUCCGUUUGGCACUUAAAAUGGGAGCAAAAAACCUCGAAGCUCACAUCGAUUCAAAGCUAGUGGCUGAACAAGUUAAUGGUCAUUACGAUGCUAAGGGCGAAGCCAUGGCUUUAUAUCUGGAGCAAGCACGAAUGCCUAUCAGCCAGUUCCAAACUUUCAAGAGAGUUCAUAUAAACAGAAGUGAAAAUAAACAUGCGGACGCACUGAGCAAACUGGCCGCCACCAGUUUCAAACAUCUAGCAAAAGAAGUACGCAUCGAGGUAUUAUCCAAUCCAUCCGUCCCUCUAAAGCAAGUAAACAUCGUCGAGAUGUCCCCGAUCAUCAUGUACUUGCAGCAUGGCAAACUUCCAGAAGAAAAAGCAGAAGCUAGGAAGAUCCAGAACAAAGCGCUGAACUACGAAAUGGCAGACGGUAUCUUAUACCAGAAAUCAUUUAUGGGUCCGCUCCUACGCUGUGUCGACAAAACAGAUGCGCAGUACAUGGUCAGAGAAAUUCAUAAAGGAUUAUGUGGGAUUCAUGCCGGACCACGCAUGGUAGUGGCAAAGAUCAUGAAUGCAGUCUUGUUUCCUUUUAUUUUUUUCACCAACUCUUCACGUCUUUCACUCUUUAACUCCACCAGCUUCUAG